GUAAACAAAGCGGCAAUAAUGAGAAACACAUAGAAAGAGGAAAGGGAAGAAAGAAGCGAUAGACUUUGUCAGAGAAAGGGGAAAAAGAUGAGCUUGUCAUUGAUCCAAGGUUAUUCUUCUGCGGAAGAAGAAGCAGCGGCAGCAGCAACUGAAGAGGAAGAAGAUUACCAGGAUUUUUCAGAAGAAGAAGAAGAAGAAGGGCAUUCAGGCAGCCGUUGGAAGGCUUCAUACAAAGCACCCACCAAUGGAUCGUCAUCCUCUUCUUCCAUCCUUCCCUCUGCUAUAGACGCUUUCUCCCAAGUUUCAGGGCCGCCCCAGUUUCUUAGUAAUUCUGUGGAAGAGUAUGGGGUUGGAGCUGACCAUAAUCAGCAACAGCAAGGGAAGCACCGAAAGACAUGGAAGAGGAGCAGUAAUAAUAAUAAUAAUUAUAAUCAACGCAAGGACAAGAAGAAAGACUUACCUUCUGGAGCUGUGGUGGAGGCCAAACCUGUACUUGUUGCAAUUAGUGAGCGAGUGAGGAGUGAUGUUGGGGCCGGUGAACUUUCACCAUCAGUUCCAAGCACUAUUGAGGAGGGAGGAAAGCGUAUCUCAACUGCUACCAAUCCUGCUGCAGAAGAUGCUGCAGAGCUACUGAGGAUGUGCCUGCAAUGUGGAAUACCCAAGACAUUCUCCAGUGCAAGUGGAAUGGUCUGUCCUGUCUGCGGUGAUCGCCCGCCUAAUGACACAAGCAAAGAAUCCAAGAAGAAAGGUUCUGCUAUCAAAGAUAAGGAAAAGAGUAAGAGAAUGAAGGGCCAGUCAUCUCAUGCCACUUGGAAAAGUGAGACAGAGAUGCAGCUCAGGCAGCAGUUUGAUUAGCCUUGUUUAGAGAAUGGCUCCUUGGAAGCCUACGGUGACAGUUGUGUUAGGAUCAAGGAUCACUGAGGAAAACUGUGUAAUCGUUGUAGUUUAUUCGACAUCUAGCGGUGAAGUAGCUGAUUAAAUUAUAUAUCAGGGCCUUUCCAUUAUUUGAUGACUUGGAAGUUGUUGCAGUGUUGGUCAAUUUCUUCCAAAACAUUUGCCAUGCAAA